GGUAAAUGACUGAUGAAGAGUAAUCGGAAUAUUGCUCAACACUAGACAGGGGCCGAUGCUGAAAAAGGCAAAAGCAAAUUAAAUUUAAAGAGUGCAAUUAAAUUCAAGCCGUAAUGUGCUCUACUGCAAUACUAUAACAAUAAAGUUGUACGUGCAACUCGCGGCGCUUGUGAAUUAGGUGGGUGGCAACCGUACAACGAUAACUCAUACACACACUACAAGCGAGUUCCGCCCUCGCCUCACCCUGACACUAACAAGAGAGAGAGAAAAAAAUCGAUUUUGUGAUAGUGAUAACAGCGCUUACGCUUACGACGAGUCAUAGGCUGAGACUCCAUUCAUUCAAUUCGAAACCAAUUAGUUGACAUACCACCACCAAACGGAGACAGCAUGAAUUUGGAUUUUGCUAGGGUGUGCGGCAAGCACAACCUCGUCUAUGAGGCGUACUACAAACAGAUUGACCCAAAGGGAACUGGUGCCAUCGAAGCCAUGACGGCGGCUAAGUUCUUGAAAAAAUCUGGACUUAGUGAUGUGGUGCUCAGUCGUAUUUGGGAUCUAUCCGAUCCGAAUGGCAAGGGCUUUCUCGAUAAACCAGGUUUCUUUGUAGCCCUCAAGCUGGUCUCGUUGUCGCAAGCGGGCCAAGUGGCCAACAUGAACAACAUCUACAUGGAUACAGUGAAUCCACCUAAAGUGGGUGAAAUUCCAAAAGCAAUACCAUCUCGUAUACAAUCGGUGCCAGUUGCGAAUGCCAUUGCCGGUGCCGCUAGUGGAGAUUGGACAAUUAGUGUGAUCGAUCGACUCAAGUAUGAGCAGCUGUUUGAAUCACUGAAUCCUCAGAACGGCAUGCUUCCAGGCAACAAAGUAAAGGGCGUGCUCAUGGACUCCAAGCUGCCGAUGAACAUACUGGGCACUAUUUGGGAUCUGGCCGAUCAGGAUAAGGAUGGCAAUUUGGAUAAGCACGAGUUUAUUGUGGCCAUGCACCUCGUUUAUCAGACACUCCAGAAGCGCACAGUACCCAACGUACUGCCGCCAGAGCUGCGAAAGGCGGCCAAGCCCGCCAUGCCACCACCACCAGUUCUAUCAGCACCAGGUGCUGGCGCAGCCAUGCCGAGAGCACCAAGUGGCGAGGGAUUCGGCGACGGUGGCUUUGUCGCCAACUUUCCCAAAGAUAUUGCCCCACCGGCUGCUAUACCACCAUUGCCCGUCGCGGUGCCGCCAAUGACGCGCAUUCCACCGGUGGGCGCGGUCAGUUCGCAGCCGCUGAUACAAACUGAUCCGCUGAUACCAAUUGGAGCGCCACCGUCGGUAACGGCCAACGCCGAUUGGGUGGUCAGCGCAACCGAGCUGUUGAGAUUCGAGGAAAUAUUUCGGCAGUCCGAUUUGGACAAGGAUGGCCUGGUUUCUGGUCUCGAGGUGAAGGACAUAUUCAUUAAAUCGGGUAUACCACAGCGCAGCCUCGCAGAUAUCUGGGCACUUUGCGACACCAAUCAAUCGGGCAAACUGACCGUGGAUCAGUUCGCAUUGGCCAUGUGGCUCGUGGAACGUAAACAGCGAGGAGUAGAUCCACCACAAGUCCUCACAGCCAACAUGGUGCCGCCGUCAAUGCGGGCGAUUGUCUCUGGAGUCGAUGUGCAGCAGCAGGAGCCGAAACCGACAUACUCAAAUCCAGAACUGGAGAUGAUUUCCAAGGAAAUUGAGGAGCUGGCCCGCGAGCGACGUGCCCUAGAAACGGAAAUUGCACAAAAGGAGGCAGAUGUUCGCAUCAAGAAUGGAGAAGUGCGCAGCCUUCAGAGCGAGUUGGAUACAUUGACGGCAACCCUGAAGCAGUUGGAGAAUCAGCGUGGCGAGGCACAGAAACGUCUGGAUGAUUUGCAGGCUCAAGUGAUCCAAAAUCUGGCCGUGUUGGCCAAUGUAAGUCAUGAUAUAACGUACACAAACAAUCAGGUCCAUAAGAUACGCGAUCAGUGUCACAAGCAAGAGGAGACCAUAAAUGAGCAGGAGGGCGAACUGAAUGCUAAACGCUCUGAGCUGCAGAAGCUCAAGGAUGAGGAGUCGUCGCUGCAAAAGGAAUACGAUGAUAACAAUCGCGAACUGUCUAAACUAACCAAGCAUCUGCAGAACACACAGUUGCAGAUCAGCUCGGUGCGAUCUAUGGUCACACAGUUGAUGGAAACGCAGCGCCAGAUGACUGAUGCUCUGCUCAUUUGUCGCGCCGCAAUGGAGAAUCAAAAUGCUGAGCUGGUCUCGGAAUAUCAGCUGAAAAUCGAGCCCGACUUUGAUGAUGCCCGCAAAACACUGCAAAAGGAAAUCGACUUACAGAAAGAUGAUCCGUUUGAGGAAAACAAUAGUGGUGCAGCUAACAAGGCAACCAAUGGCUUAAGCAAUGAUCCUUUCAGCGGACAGGCUAGUAAGCCCACACCUGCCAUUAGUAGUGGAUUUGACGACAGCUUCAAUAUGAGUUCCGGCUUCGACAGCGGUUUCGACGGAUUUGGCCAAAGUAGCGCAAGUGGUUUUGGGCAAACUCACCGCGAUCCAUUUGGUGCUGAUGCAUUUGCUGCAAACAAGUCGAAUGCUAUUACGCCGGAGCCUGGAAAGGAUGAUUUUGGUAGCGAUCCAUUUGCGGCCCUGCAUGCGCCAACGGGUCAGGGUCAGGUGCUCAGUCCCAAUACAAAUAGGUCCGGCCCACCGCCAAGACCAGAGUCACCUAGUCCAGCAUUGCCGCCAAAGAAAUCCAAGGUGCCGCCACCAAGACCAGCUCCACCACGCGCAUCCCAGCCAUCGGGCGGUUUCGGUACCAGCGCAGCCGGCGGCGGAGGAUUCGCUGAUUUUGAUGACUUUGACAAUAAGCUACAAAACAUUCCAAUAAGAAACAAAAACACGACCACUCCCAUCCCACCAAUAAACUCAACGCUCAUGGAUAGCUUCUCGCUGUUUGACGAUCUUCCGGCUAAGAAUCAAAGCCAGAGUCAGAGCUCGAGCAAAGCUGCUAGCACUAGUACACCUACACAGCCAUUGCACAAGCAAUCCACACUGCUACUGACAUCAUCGAUAUCCACAUCGACAUCGACAUUGACAUCAGCAUCAGCUUCAGCCACCACAGCAGUCACCGCAAAUAACCAACAUUUGUCGCGUUCCAAUACACCGCUGCAGACACAGGCAACAACAAGUGGAGCGACCGCAAGUCUCUUUGACGCCUUUGGCAGCAGCGGAGUCGGCAAGUUGGUACCAUCACCUGUUCCAGCAGCUAUACUGGGACCCACGGACUUCAAGGAUGAUCCAUUCAAGGACUAUCGCUAUGAGGAUCCAUUUAAUAUUAAAGAUCCAUUUGCAGAUGACAACGAAGAAUCGGAAACAGGUAGAAGUAGCAAAAAGAACUUUACCGAGGACUUUAGCUCAGAGGAUGAGAUCCCAUCCAAACAGAUUAGCAAUAACAACAACUCAAAGACGGCCACUCCGCUGAAUAGCGAAUUGCUGCAACAAUUUGAAGCAUUCACCUUGAAUUCUAGCCCGGCGCCGUCUUAUCAUUCAAGUGCAUCGAAUCCAAAGCAAUCGCAACUGGCCUUGGAUGCAUUUGCCGACUUUGAUGAUUUUGCGUUGGAUAAACCUGCCAGCGAAAUAACUUUAACGGCAGCAUCGAAAGAUUCAAGAGCAACAAUAACGACAACGAAUAACAAUGCAAACGCAAAUGCAAAUGCAAAUAAACUUAAUGAUUCCUUCUUUAAUGCAUUUAAUGAGAACUUCAACGACAACUUUAACCCGAUGAAAACCAAGACUAAAACUCUGGGCAAUGAACAAAAUAAUGCCAAGUUGCAGUCGUCGGCCUUUGAUGCCUUUGCUGUCAGCAGCAGCACUACGACAGCAGCUUCAGUCACGGAGUCCAAGCUCUUUGAUGCCUUCAACGACAACUUCGACGAUAGUUUCAGCAACAGCAAGCCCGCAAACUCAACCACUCUGGAUAAUAAUUUUGCUAAAUUUGACGCCUUCGAUGCUCACAACUUCUCCAGUGACUUCGGCAAGACACUCGACGACAGCAACGCCAAUAAGAGUAAACAUAAUGGUAGCUCCAGCAACAAUAAGAACAAGGAGUCGCAUGGCAUUAAAGCGGACAAGUUUGCUUCAGACUACUCGAAACCCGAGAGUUAUGAUACGGAUCUGGAGGAAGCAUUGAAACGCAGCAUGCUCGACAAUUAAAACAAAAUUAAUACAAAAUAAAAGAGAAACAAAAAACGAACACAAAUACAUAAAUGUGAUGCACUCGAACAAUCUCUAACAAUGACAAGCAUGUAUUAUAUCCCAUCUUCUGCUAUUUUAUAAAGCUGCUAAAGUGAUUUUCAAAUUUGAAAAUACAUAUAUUUUUUUUGAGACUUAUUUUUUGCUCCAAAGCAAUUAAUUCCAUAGUGCUUAAUUUGCGGAUAUACUAUUGUUUGUCUGAGGCGAAAGCAAAUCUAAAAUGCUGGUAUUAUAUUCAUUAUUUCAUAUUUAAUAGUUAUGAAUGUAUAAACUACUCACAUACUCUCGUAAACGUGAACGUUAAUCUAAUAUAAUUAUAGCGUUUACACAUGUACCAAAAGUCUAUGAAUAAAAAAGAGAAAUAAAACACUGUCA